CUCAGCGCGCCCCCAUGGCCCUGGCACCGGGUCAGCGGGCACGGUAGCAGUCUCCGGCUGUCGUCGCGGGUGACUCAGAGCUGCCCGGGCAGGGCGAGCYGGAGAUGCGCCUCUCCGCCGGGCUCCGGGCAGCCGCGGGAGACUGACUGAGCCACAAAGAAGUUUCCCCGGCGGCGGCGCGGCGCUCACCCAUGCACGCCUCCGGCCGCCGGUCCUGGAGCGCCGCUCGGCAGGCGCCAGGCGCCGACCCCGCCAUGGAGCCCCGCGCGGGGCUGCACAGCAGCCCGGAGCUCAGCCGGUCCAAGCGGCUGACCGUGGGGGAGCUCCGCUCCCUCUUCGAGGCUCGCUGCGCYGCCGUCGCCGCCGCCGCCGCCCGCCAGCUGCCCGACCGGCCGAAGAGGGGCUGCCGACCCCCCAACGGGGUUCUGCCGCCCGUCAUCCCCCGGCUCACCGUCACCGCCGAGGAGAGCGAGGAGGCGCAGGGCAGCCCCCAGGCGCGGCCGUCGCGGCCCGAGGGCGGCGGGCUGAGGACGGGCAGCUCGCUGCACCUGCAGUCCCGCCGGCUGUCCAACUCCUCGCUCUCCUCCACCGGCUCCUCGUCCCUCCUGGAGGACUCGGAGGACGACGUGCUGAGCGACACGGAGUGCAGGAGCCAAGGCAUCGUGCACUUGGAGCACGGCGAGGACACCAGCCAGUCUCCUGGGUCAGAUGCUCAAAAUAAAAAAAAUCCAGGCAUUUCACAGCAGAAAAAGGCAUGGCAUACGAUUAAAACCAUGGUUAACUUACCAGUCAUCAGUCCCUUCAAGAAGCGCUAUUCAUGGGUGCAGCUGGCUGGGCAUACAGGGAGUUUCAAAGCAGCUGAUAGUGGGAAGAUUCUCAAACGCCUCUCAGAGAAUGAAAAGGAAUGUUUUGAACGAUUGAUGAAAGACCCACUACGCGCCUGCGUCCCUUGCUUCCAUGGUGUGGUGGAGAGAGAUGGCGAGAGCUACAUCCAGCUGGAUGAUUUGCUUACUGAUUUUGAAGGGCCAAGUGUGAUGGACUGCAAGAUGGGGAUCAGAACAUACCUGGAGGAAGAGUUGGCUAAGGCACGAGAGAAACCAAAGCUGCGUAAGGACAUGUACAAGAAAAUGAUUGAAGUGGAUCCUCUUGCUCCCACGGCUGAAGAGAACGCCCAGCAUGCUGUCACCAAACCCCGGUACAUGCAGUGGAGAGAAACCAUCAGCUCUAGUGCCAACCUGGGCUUCAGGAUUGAAGGGAUUAAGAAGGCAGAUGGAACAUGUAACACAAACUUCAAAACUACAAAGACACAGGAGCAAGUUCUACAGGUUUUUGUGGAAUUCAUUGAGGGCAACACAACUAUUCUGAAAAAAUACCUCAAGCGUCUGCAGGAGAUUAAUGUCAUUCUUGAAUCCUCUGAUUUCUUCAAAAGACAUGAGGUCGUCGGAAGUUCACUACUUUUUGUACAUGAUGGCAGUGGGAAUGCCAAUGUGUGGCUCAUUGAUUUUGGAAAGACUACUCUUCUUCCUGAUGGGCAAACACUGGAUCACAGGAUCCCCUGGCAAGAAGGCAACAGGGAGGAUGGGUACUUGUUGGGAUUGGACAAUUUGAUUGGCAUCUUGGAAAGCAUCACUGAAAGAUGAGUUGAGAAAGGCACAAAACUUGCAGGGCUUCUCUGUAACUUUCUGCUUUACUGAAGUAGAAGGAAACUCAGUUAGAAGGAAACCUUUAACUCCAAACUCCUGAGGUCGUCAGUGCAGAGGGAGCUGCAUCCAGAACCCAGCAGUCAGUGAUCAAAGUUACUUUGCAUCAGCCCUCUAUGAACCUAAAUAAAUCGCUCCAGAUUGGUCUGUAUUGCACCAGACGAACUUGAGACUGGUCCUCAGAGAAUGAAGAUCUCCAUACUUGGGAAUCACACCAGCAUGAGUCAAGAGGUCUGUGUCAUAAACCAGAAAGAUUCUGAUUCCUGGCAAAAUGGGACUCCAGAUUACUUCUUAGUGAACCAGGGCAAAUGCUUGGGGAUUCAGGGCAGGAAAAAAACAAUUUUUCAGGGAACUGCAUAGUUUUGAAACCAGAUUGUUUUUCUCCUAAUUCCAAGUCCUCUUGCUCCUGGGUACACUGCAGGUUGGACCAACAACUUCUGCUGCAUUAUGUUACAGUGUGAGCAAGGUGCAAGUGGGUGAUAAUCACAAGAAACUGGGAGCAAAGAAAGACAGCAGUUUGUAGUGGCUUCAUGUGGCAAACUGCUGGUGACCAUUCCUCCUCUUCCCCACCUAGUCUUGCUUCUACCCAAGAACAGCCUUGGCUUUUUCUGUAGCUGCUCAGGAGAUUACAAAUACUCUAGGGAGAGAAUACAGCCUAUUGUCUCAAAAAACAUUUGACUUUUCAGAUGGAUGGGCUGUUGGAAAGUUAAUAACUUGGAGAGAAAUGGUAGCUGAACUGCAAUUCUGAAAAUCACUGAUGAUCUUUCACAAACUGGUCAGGGAUCUGUUUUUUUCGAAGGCUUGGGUUUUUUUAAGGAUAAAACCCCUAUAUGCACACACUAGUAGUCAGCAACCCGUGUGAUCUCUUAAGAUCAUGGUUUGACUGUCUCCUAAUGCACGUGACUUCUUGGCCACAUUCCUGUUCUCAAAUAUGAUGCUGCCACUGAUGUGUAUAAACCGGCACAGCAAUCAGGAAGGUAAUGUUUCUGCAUUCACAGCUUUCCACAAUCAUGUGAUAAUUCCCAGGCAUCCUUCCUCCAAGGUAUCAGCUGUUAACUCCAGGAAGUUUGGGUGAAGGAAUAUCAAUAUAUUUCCCCAUCUGGAAUCACAGGGUGAUAUGUGUUUAAUUCUUUUGCUGUGGUCCAGACACCACCACAGAAAAUUCAGUUUUUAGGUUAAAAUCAAGGAAGAUUGAAUUGUUUUCUUGCAAUGGCUUCACAUAUCUUCUCCAUUGGUUGCCUCUAGUCACUGGAACAGUUUUUUAAAUACUGGCAGUUGAAGUACUAUCAUUAGUCACAUGUUCACUCACAUUCUGUGUUUUAGCAUUAAUAAUGUGGUAAUGCAGUUUUCACAAUGCAGGUAAGAAUUACMUUACCAGUUGGUGGUUAAAGCCCUUUCAACAUCUGAAGGUAGUAAUGCACAAUCAUCAGAAAUUGCUGUCUUAUGCUGGUAUCCUGGUGCUCAGGAGAGAUUCUGAGAUCUUUAGCUAUAUGAAGUUGACUCCACAUUUGGGAAACUGCUGUUUCMAUAAUAAUUGUUAUCAUGAGCAGAAAAAGACCAUAUAGAGUCCAGAUCUAGAAUGAAAUCUGUAAUAUUUGUAAUUCAAGUUGAAGAGCCUAAAACAAUUUCUGAAAGGAGUUCCUUUGGGUAACACACUACGGUAUUAAAAGAUCAGUCAGACUUAAUUACUUUUUCAUCUAAACUUUUUCUCUAAACAAAACAGCAGUAUUGAAAUUGAAGUUCAGUUGUGACACAAUAGUUAGAYGACGUACAGUAGGUAUUCUCUAGGAAAUAAUGACGUGGAAAUAUUUCAUCUGARACCAGAAGUUGUCUGAAACUGGUAAUUACUUUUGCAGUUCACUGCAAAUUCAGAUGAUUUCUGUGGCCUUCCAGAGUCUCUCUGUUUUAUAUUUAUGAUAGUACAUUAAUGAAUUUUUCACUUAGAAGUUUCAGAGCGUUUACAUUGGGGUUUUUUGCAAUGACAAUGAGCACAGAUUGUAUCAUUCCAGAUGCCUCCUAACUUUUGAACUGCUAUGAGAUGAGAAAUGAAUUUGUGGUGAAUUUCAUACAGUUUAAAAAAAAAAGAAGUAUUUCUCCUUUUCUGCAGCCAACAGGUAAGCCACUGGAUAGCCACUGGAGAAUAGCAGUGCUUAAGGAGAAUAGCAAGUAAAUAGGUCUCACAGGCAGGACUUUAAUGAACUGCCUUUUUAUGAGACUGCAAUUGCAAGCUGUCCUACCAUAAUUAAAAGGAAUUAUAAAAGAAAUAACAUCAAGAUAGAACUCAUUUAGUGAAUUAAUUAUCAGAGUUAAAUUUCUUUUUUCUUUUACCACACAUGUGAAUCUUUUGCACCACUGUAACUAUUUUCUGGAGGAGAGAUCUAAACAGUGGAAGUUGGUGCUCAAAUACCAGUUGAGAUUUUAAGACAAACCUUUACAAUGACUGUCCAGUUCUAAAGGAAAACURGAAGGGAUAUUGUAUGAAUAGCUAAAAAAAAAACAACUCCUGGUAGCACCUGGAUGGGUUGCAGUGCAUGGUCAUGGGGAAAACAUGGAGRAGGUCUGUUCCACUGCAGUAGCUGGAAAGGUCAGAGAAAAAGGAAAAUCUCUGCUAUAGCAGACACAGAUCUGGAAACUCAUUCUAGAAGAAGUAUAGUUCUAGCAAUUUAGUUUUGGAAUGGCUCUUUGCCUUGCUAGGGAAUUAGAAAAGAAGAAAUCACAAUCAUCUGUUGCUGUUGCGGGAAAGGAGAGAAGGAGGCAGUUUUCCGUAGCAAACUGCAAGUGYAGGACUGCAACUGAGCAGUGGAGCUCUAAGGAGCUGAGGCUAUGAGCUCAGGAGCAAACUGCCCCAGAGUAAGUUUUAGAUUCCUUUCUCAUCAGAGGGCACAGAGCCCCUGUCUUGUGGAGACACACACUGGCUAGUGUGAGCAAGCAGUAUGGCCUUCUUUCACUGUGGGGUAAGUUGUCUAGAAUAAGCUUACAUUUGUCAAGAGGGUCAACAUGAURCAUGUGCACAGGCUUGUAACACAGGAGGAACUGAUGCAUGAUAACCAAGGAAUUUGUCUGUGUGCAAGGCCAGAAUGUCGUUCAUUAGUGCAUCUGCUGAGAUAGUGCCUCACUCUGGAGAUGCUGAGCUUGUGGGAUUCCAUGGCAGGGUCAGAGAUGCUGGACUAGAGGCACUUUGGUGCUGGACAGGUGACKUGUGACUGAGGCUCCAAGGUCUUUAAACUCACUAGUUAGAUGCAGCAGUGCUGUAGCUGCUGCAUUCCUGUGUGAAUCAAAAAGUAGGACUAGGACUUUUCUCCCUCAGCKUUGUCAUUGACUUGUUUAUUUUUUGGCCUUGGACUAGGCCAAGGCCUAUCCUAGGCAUUGUUUUGUUCUGAUUUUACAGAUUGGAAUAGACCUACUUACCUCGUGGGAAUGGUGUGAGGCUGUCCUUCAUUAUUGCCUGCAAGCUGCUGUGAGAUUCUUUGGAGGAAGGUGCAAUAUAGAAAGAAAUGCACACWGAUCAGAUAAGUUUAAAAAUUAGGGUGUUGAGGCCUUACAGGGAUAUAGAUUUGGCUGAAAUCUAACCAAAGUGGUAAAAAUUAAAUCCCUCUAAAUAUUGUACAGAGAGAAAUUCACUUAACAUCCAGUUCUGGUUAGAGGGAAAGAUUUCAAUGAGAGUUGGACCAAACCCUUACGUAUYUCAGAGGGCUUUUGCUACUUUUUUAUUGCUGUUGUUAUUAUUUGUUAUUCUUAAGGUACUAAGAUCAAAUGGCCUCUAUGAUCCACAUGCAUCCGUUCUGAACACUACAAUGCAAUGCUGACAUUGACUGUAUUGGAUGAGUGUGUGUUACUCUGAAGUGUGUAUGCUACUAAAUAAAUKAGAUUGAAGGAA